AUGGCCGAAGCUCUUGGUGUUGCUGCCCGUGUUGCGGGCCUUAUCACAAUAGCCGACAUUGUGGUGCGCCGUGGGUAUGAAUUUAUCAAGCUUGUUAAAGAUGCCGGAGAGACGGUCGAGAAGGUGAUCUGUGAAGUAAACUGGCUGCUUGGAAUGCUUCACAGUCUCCAGAAUGUUGCGAGGCGGCUCGAAGGAGAUGCUCGGACUUUGGAUCCCACCAUGCAGAUCAAGUGGAUUGAGCCCUGCUAUCAGACACUGUCCAAAAUACAGUCUCACCAGGAAAAGGCAAUGGCUGGCGAUACAAUGACUAGAAUGGAGAAGAUAAAGUGGCCCUUGAGACAAUCGGCUACACGCGAACUUCUGGAGGAAAUCGAAAGACACAAAUCGAACAUAGCCUUGGCAAUGAAUGCGAAAGAAAUGUCUGCACUGUGCGAUAUCCGAGACGGAGUACACUGUUUGAAACGUGCCUUUGAUUCACACCGGAUAGUCCAAAAUCAAAUUGUCCUAAACGACGAAAGACGCAAGAUGUUACAGAUUCUUGGGGACAUCAAUGCAAGGAAAUGGCAAGACUCAAAUAUACGUCUCAGACAGCCCGGGACCGGCAUUUGGUUCACAAACGGCGCAGAACUCAAAGAAUGGCUUUCUCGAGAGAGAUCUAAGCUCUGGAUAAAUGGAAUCCCCGGCGCAGGGAAAACAGUCCUGAUGUCCUCGACUAUACAGAAAAUUGAGUCAGAACUCAAGACAACAGAAGCGCUGGCAUUCUUCUACUGCGAUUACAAAGACAGCUCCACGCACAGUGCUUCAACGAUACUGGGAUGUCUCGCUAGGCAACUGAUCAUGCGCCUAGAGGAUUGCUUCGAUGAUUUGACUUCAUUCUAUGAAGAGCACAUUACCCCCGACCGAUCUAUUCGUACCCCUUCGCCAGAAGAAUGUUGCAAGCUCAUCUCCAAGCUUUCGACUCGAUUCGAGACGGUGAUGUUGGUCGUCGAUGGACUGGACGAGAUUACUGAUGGCCGUGCUGAGGUCACGAGGCUACUCGCAUCAUUGCAAGCUUCCUCGUCUUCCAUCAAAGCCCUAUUUUCCAGCCGACCGGAGAUAGAUAUCGGACAUGUACUUCAAGAUUUUCAAACGAUCUCAAUCGCCGCCCAGAGUUCCGACAUCCGUCUCUACAUUGCCUCCGAGAUCGAGAGAAGAACGACUGAUAUGCGACUGGAGAUCGGCGAUCCCAAUCUCAAAGAACAUAUCAUGAAAACAAUCGCUGAACGUUGCGAUGGGAUGUUCCGAUGGGUUUCCUGCCCGAUGGAUUAUCUGUGUGAAUGUUCCAACGACAGGGACCGGAGAGACGCUCUGAGAAAACUCCCACCUGAUUUACCCAGCUCUUAUGAGCGCAUCUUGGAACGCGUCAAUAGGAGCACAAAAGAAAAUCAGACGCUGGUCAGAGAGGCGCUUCAUUGGAUCACUUAUGGUCAUGAUGCUGAUGUGGGCGUCGCUGAUGUGGGCGUCGCUGAUGUGGGCGUCGCUCUGACGAAUACAGAUUUGUUGCAAGCUUUAGCAGUACGCCAGGGCGAUACCACCUUCGACUCACGUCAGAUAACCACAGAGAAACAACUGUUGUACUGGUGUAGUAGCCUGGUCAGGAAGAACCCUAUCUCCGGUCUUCUCGAGCUUGCCCAUUUUACGGUCGAGGAAUUCUUGCAAUCCAUUGAUCCGGUCGGAAGCCCCGGCUUUGCUCAAUAUCAGCUGUCUGGGGACCACUCAAUUAUGGCGAGAACUUGUAUCAGGGUCCUGGGUUUUGAGGAAUUUGAUGGAGCGACAUUUCCUUAUGUUCCUGGUAAAGCUCAUGACACUGACUCUAUUGACCUAUUCUGCGCAAAAUACCCAUUUUUGAAAUAUGCUGCACUCAUUUGGCCCUAUCAUGUGCAUAAAAGCGAUCCCAAAGAAAUCGAGCAGGCCUUACUGGAGCUUUUCACAAUCAAAACUGGUCGAACCUUUCAGGAAAUGGCGGUAGUUUGGCACUACUGUUCUUACGAUUACCGACUCCGCCAAGCCGAGAGGGCUGGAAUAUGCGCUGAAACAAUCGGAUUUCAAGCCGAUGAUCUUGAUCCUUCCAAACUUGCUGAGAACAACAUGUGGCCCUCGCCACUACAUUGGGCAGCGUAUUUUUCCCUCCCCGACGUAUGCACAAUGUUUAUAGAUAAUGGUGAUGAUAUCAACAGACAAUGUAUUUCAGGGACACCGCUACAUUGUUGCAUGAUGUCAUGUUUGGAAGAUCGAGAUCGAGAUCGAAUGACGAACGCUUGGUUUGAUAUUGUUGCUUGUUUUCGUGGUAUAAACGGCGACGAUGAUUAUCAACCGCAGCUUACUGUGUUCAAAGCACUUCUUCAAGCAGGAGCAUGUCCGAACAUUCCAUCAUCGCCUGACCAAGUCCAAUCUCCUCUGGACAGACUGGACCUCGCAAUUCAAAUAGCAUUCGACAUUGUCGGUAAACCAAGAUACCUUUACUUGGCCAGUCUACUCAUAAGGAGUGGUGCGCGAUUAUCGGCAGACAACUUGGAUGACCUCAUUUCUUUGAGGGACGUUGAUGAGCUUUUUUCGACGCUUAUUGAGGCUGCAAUACGAGCCAAAUGGCGUUCCUGGAGCUAUGAACACAUUGCCAACAUUCUCUGCACUUAUUUCAAUCCAGACUGGCUGUAUAGCGCGGAUCAUAUCGAGUCUCUGAGAGUGGCAGUUGGGGAGUCGUUCCAAGAUGAAACCCCUCCAGAGCUCCAAAUGAUACUUGACAGCGAGGACGGGCAGAUCUCUCAACUUCCCAGAGUUGUGCUGAAGACGAUUGAGUUGUCAUGCCAGACAUCCGAAGCUUUCAAUCAUAAGAUGUGGAGCGUAUUGGCAGAAAUGCUGACCAUGAAUGAGUCAUGCAUUCGAGCAUGCUUCUUGUUGUUGUCAUUGUGUCCUGGAAUCGAUGUUGAGCUUCACGAUGAGACGACUGGCAAGUCACUCUUACUUAUGUGCUUAGAUGCCGGACUUGACUUCCGGGAUGCACGCGAGAUGCCUUACUUCGUUGAAUUGCUGUUACAUCGAGGAGCAUCUGUAACCUCUUUGGACGAGGACGGAAUGUCGGCAUUAGAUAUUGCUGCUCAAUAUUGGCAAGUAGAAAUGUUCGCGAUACUUUGGAGAUCGAAAAGCUUCGUCGAAUCGAGAAAUACAAGCCAAGAAAUGGUCAAUUGGAUAUUUUACGAAGCCAUGUCGGGAUCAAAUGGGAGGCUCACAGUGUUUCUUAUGAAGGAGAUGGCCAUUUGCUCUCAGCCCGAUUGCAUCUCCUUCUUGACAUUCGCGCUUGGCCAAGAUGAAUCCGAUAUUGUGUCGCAAAUAAUUGCAGACUAUGAAAAGGUUCCUGAACUAUGGGCUGUGGCACUUUCAUCUCUUCUCCUCGCCUCCAGGCCCGAAGUUUCUUUCCCAACGUUCGAAUUGUUACUUGGCACUUGGAGGUUUCCAGUUUCACAGGAUAAAUUUGGCAACACUCCGUUUCACCACUUGGUAUCAAUGCACGACGACACAUCCAGAGCGAAGUUGCAACUUCUGAUUGAAACACAUCGGUCUCUCGAUGACAUUAACGAGGAUGGAAUGACACCCCUUGCUUUGGCUGUGCGAUGCAAGAACUUGGCAGCCACGGAAAUGCUUCUGGAAGCUGGAGCAAAUGCUAACUUAAUUUUGGCUCGAGAGCAGACAGCACUACAUUUGGCUGCUUGCCUUGGAAAUACGGAAGCUGUUGAAAUGCUUCUUGAGAGAACAUACAACCACAAGGUCGAAGAUGACUCUGGCAUGAAUCCAGGGCAACUCGCUUUGGCGUGUGGACACGAUCAUAUCGCGGCGAUGAUUCGGAUCGCUAUAAAAGAUGAGGGUGAAAUGAACGACAGAGACGUGACCAACUCUCCUGGGCAGAGAGUUUCUGGACUUUCUGACUCGGAAGAUCCUCAUGGAAAACUACCGCUGCGACUUCUUGAUUGCAAUUCGAAACAUCUGAUACCACCGGACGACAAUGUCGCUGAUCCCACAGAAAGCAUCCCAAGUCGUCCCUCAUGUGAAGAUAUCAGGGGCUCAGAAUCGACAACCCCAGAAAUUUCUAUCGAGAGGUUCCAGGGUGAAGCUAUUUCUAGCACAUAUAACGGCAGCUCCGGUAUGGAUAUCCUUGCCAAUGAACGGCGCUUUACUUUGAAGCGUCAAUUUCAGAAUAUCGAUUCUGCUUCCCGCGAGCAAGCAGGCAAGAAAUUUCGACAGGCCUAG